UAUUUUAUGUCAUAUUUUCCUUCUUUCCCAAUUUCUGUUUUUAUUUUUCAUCGGUUUUGGAGGAGAGCUGGGUUGCCUCGUAGUGAAGAUUUGUGGAGAGAAGAUUCUGCGCCGCUCAUGUGAAUGAUAUUCUAUCUCCCCAACUGAGACGUGCCAUGGAUGGAAAACUUAAUUUACAUCUACGAAACCGAUCGGAAAAUAUCCGUUACAUCGAAUAACUACUGCUAACAUCGAUCAGGACGAAUGACAUAGGAUGAACACUGCUGGAGGGGUGUGUCUGUGUGUGCUGUCGUCCCUCCUCGCUGUGGUCUGGGCCGUGGCUGCUCUAGUUCCUCUAGCUCCUCUCUCUGCCCUGGCCGCUGCCUAUGGAGCUGCCAGUGGCGUCUCUCCCAGGGAGGCAGAGGGUGGCAGCCACCCCUCCCCGUGCUCCAGCCUGGUAGCCGGGGUACUGUAUGGAUCUUUCUCUCUGAGGGAGCUGUUCCCGUCACGGAUGCUGGGAUGUUCCUGGUCGUUGGAGAACCCAGAUCCCACCAAGUACUCCCUCUAUCUCCGAUUCACCCGCCAUCCCUCCAUCUGUCAAUCACACAACCCCAUGCUCCUCCCCCUCGACCAUCAUCUAGCCAAUCAGAGCUGUCCGCUGGAUCUACAGACGCCACCUCAAGACCAGGAAGUGAUAGACCUUUGCGGCAGCCAAUUAGAAUCAGAGAGACCUUAUUCAUUUUUGCAGUUCGACAAGAACUUUGUGCAGCUGUGCCUAUCGAGACUGCCAUCAGCUCACGAACCGACGGUAACCAAGGAAACAUUAGAACUCCGGCUGGUCGAGGUUUUGCUAAUCAACAACGAGAACUCCAGCCAGUUCACCUGUGGAGUACUCUGCCGAUGGUUCGAGGAGUGCCUACGCAAUGGUGGUCAUGGAGACGCUGAUGUUGUCGACGGUGACGGUUGCGGAGUUACGCAGAUGGGGUGUGUGUGUCCUAACAACAAUGUGGUCGUGGCUCAGCCUGUACCCCUUCUCCCGGCAACGCCCCAUAGCAAUGGAUCGCUAUUACCUGAGGAUUGCUGCGUCACAGAGCUGCACCAUAACAAUGCCAUCGCCAUAGCGCCCAGGGAUGUCAGACAAGACCUCUAUCCAGACCCAGAUGAUGAUGACCUGAAGGUGAAGACACAGAGACCUAGAUCAGCAGACCAGCCAGGUGUGUUUCAGGCACAGACAGGUGACCCUGCAGCGGAGGAGUGGUCUCAGUGGAGUGUGUGUUCGUUAACGUGUGGCCAGGGUUGGCAGGUGCGGACGCGCUCGUGUGUGUCCUCUCCCUACGGCACCCUGUGUAGCGGCGCCCUGAGGGAGACACGCAUGUGUAACAAUACAGCCACCUGCCCCGGUGACCCAGCACUGAGCUCAGUGCAUGGGCUGUGGGAGGAGUGGUCGUCAUGGAGCCUGUGUUCUGUCACGUGUGGGCGGGGCUCCAGGACCCGAACCAGAAACUGUGAGAGCGGAGGAGGGGCCAAGCUCUGUGGAGGGCCUGAGAAACAGACCAAACUCUGCAACAUAGCAGUGUGUCCCGUGGAGGGCCAGUGGUUGGACUGGGCUCCGUGGUCUAGGUGCAGUGUAACCUGUUCUACAGGGAGCCAGCAGAGACAGAGGAGGUGUAGUGCAUCGGUGCACGGCUGGGCAGAGUGUAAAGGACCACACCAGGAGACCAAGGAGUGUACCAACCCAUCCUGUGAUGGUGAGGGUAACUGGGGCAGCUGGAACCACUGGAGUCUGUGCAGUAAGACGUGUGAUUCAGGGUGGCAGCGUCGCUUCAGGAUGUGUGAGGGGACAGGGAUACAGGGCUACCCCUGUGAUGGCUCUGGAGAGGAGGUCCGCUCCUGCAACGACAAGAAGUGCCCCGCACCUCAUGAGAUCUGUAGAGACGAGUACCUUGUAGCCAUGACCUGGAAAAGAGCCUCGGCUGGAGAAACAGUCUACAACAAGUGUCCGACUAACGCCACUGGAUCUGCUAGUCGUCGUUGCUUGCUGGACGCUAAUGGAGUUGCUUACUGGGGUCCUCCGAGCUUCGCCAGAUGCGUCUCGAUGGAAUUCAGAUAUUUACAUUUAUCUUUGCGAGAGCAUCUUGCGAAGGGUCAGAGGACCCUGGCUGGAGAGGGCAUGUCUCAGGUCGUGAGGAAUCUCCUGGAGCUCUUACAGAGGAGGAGCUAUUACAGCGGUGACCUCUUGUUCUCCACGGAGAUUCUCCGAAAUGUGACGGACACCUUCAAGAGAGCAACCUACAUCCCAGCUCCCGACGACACGCAGAAAUUCUUCCAGGUAGUCAGCUAUAUGUUGGACAUGGAAAACCUUGAGAAGUGGGAAGACGCUCACCAGGUUUCUCCUGGUACGGCCCAUCUCAUGCGUAUAUUGGAGGACUUCAUCCAUCUGAUAGGAGAGGAUCAGAAACCCUUCCAGAGUUUCCUGGUGGUCACCAACAACCUCAUGAUAACGAUACAGCGAGAGCCCGUGACAGCGGUGUCCAGUGACAUCAACUUCCCCAUGAAGGGUAGGAGGGGAAUGAAGGACUGGGCUCGAUCCGCCGAAGACAAACUCUACAUCCCCAAAGAGGUGUUCACCCUCACCUCCGAAGAAAUGGAAAUGGAGACCUCGUAUUUUGUCAUCGGAGCCAUCCUAUAUCGGACCUUAGGAGUCAUCCUACCUUCCCCCAAAGCCCCUGCUGUGAUCAACUCUAAGAUUCUGACGGUGACUGUCCGACCAGAACCCAAACCCAGUGAACCCAUGGUGGUGGUGGAGCUGUCCCCACUGUUCAACGGCACAUCAGAUCCUCAGUGUGUUGUCUGGGACUAUGGGAACCUGGAAGCUGGCGCUGAGAACUGGGACACAGAGAGCUGCCAAACACUCGCUUCUGCCACGGCCCACACCAAAUGCCUCUGCAGCAGGAUCUCCACCUACGCCAUCCUAGCGCAGCAAGCUAAAGACCCGGACAUGGGUCCAUCCAGUAUGCCCUCAGUUCCCCUCAUGGUGGGCUGUGGAGUCUCCUGCAGUGCUCUGCUCAUCCUGCUGCUCAUCUAUGCCACUUUCUGGAGGUAUAUUCGUUCAGAGAGGUCUAUCAUCUUGGUGAAUUUCUGUCUCUCCAUCCUGGCGUCCAACAUGUUGAUACUGGUUGGACAAUCCCAGACUCUCGGCAAGGGCCUGUGUACUGUAACUGCUGCGUUCCUUCAUUUCUUCUUCUUGUCAUCAUUCUGCUGGGUACUGACGGAGGCAUGGCAGUCUUACCUGGCUGUGAUUGGCAAGAUGAGAACACGCCUCAUACGUAAACGUUUCCUGUGCCUGGGCUGGGGUCUCCCAGCCCUGGUGGUUGCUGUGUCAGUAGGUUUCAGUAGAGCCAGAGGUUACGGUACAUCCAACUAUUGCUGGCUGUCCUUGGAAGGCGGCCUUCUCUACGCAUUUGUCGGACCUGCAGCUGUCAUCGUAUUGAUGAACAUGCUGAUCGGCAUUGUGGUCUUCAACAAGCUCAUGUCUCGAGAUGGCAUCUCUGACAAAUCUAAAAAGCAGAGAGCUGGUCCACCGGUGGAGGCAUCACGUAGCAGACUGCUCCUGAAAUGUUCCAAGUGUGGUGUGAUCUCAAGUACAGCUCUCUCCAGCUCUACUGCCAGCAACGCCAUGGCGUCUCUAUGGAGUUCCUGUGUAGUUCUCCCUCUGCUGGCUCUGACCUGGAUGUCUGCUGUGUUGGCCAUCACCGACCGCCGCUCCACACUAUUCCAGGUUCUGUUUGCUGUCUUUGACUCUGUCCAGGGUUUAGUCAUCAUUACUGUCCACUGUGCCAUGCGCCGCGAGGUGCAGGACGCAGUGCGCUGUCGGAUGGGGGGAUGUAAAGACGACAGCGAGAACUCACCGGACUCGUGCAAAAAUGGACAGGUGCAGAUCAUGUCGGACUUUGAAAAAGAUGUGGACCUGGCGUGUCAAACAGAGAGAGGACACCCAUUCAUCUUCAAGGAGGUGAACACCUGUAACCCAGCAACCAUCACCGGGACCCUCUCCCGUAUCUCCCUUGAUGAAGAGGACGACCUCAAGCUGUCGGCCCACCAGGAAGGGGGCCUAGGGGUCAACUUCAGCUCCCUCCCCGGAAACAUCCCCCCUCCUAACCUACUCGUCCAGGUGCCCCCGCUGGGUGUUCUGAAUGAGCUGAGUGACACCCCUGUGAAGAAGGAGGUGAACGUGGAGCAGCAGAUGCACCAGGGGAACCCCAGGAACACGGCGCCUGUCUACCUGUGCACCGAGAGCGGGAUGGGCUGGUCUCGACCGCCCCCUCCUCCCAACACUCUGGAUGGACCUGGUGGGGGAGGGGAGGGGGACUAUAUGGUGUUACCCCGUAGGACGGUCAGUUUAAAACCCCCUCUGCCCCCAGGGCUGGGCCUGGGGCUGGGGGGUGAGGACAAGCCGCUGAGCAUCGCAGUGGACGACCCGCCUUUCCCCCCGCCCCCAUCGCCCAUGACCCUCCACCCGGUGGAGAGCGAGGCCUACCCGGCUGACUUCAUCUCCCCCAGCGACCACAACAUGAACAUGGACAUGAACAUGAACCGUUCUUACGGGACGCUCAAGCAGCUCCCCGUGCACGGGGGCCACGGUCCCCAGGGCCACAUGCACGCUCCAGGCGUCCACAUCCACGGAGGCCACAUGCACGGCUACGGGCACUCGCUGCAGCUGAAGCCGGGCCAGAUGCCGUCGGUGAGGCAGAUUCUAACAGGAGGGGGAGGCACGGUGGAGCGCACCCUGACCCUGCCACGCAACCUGGGCAGCACCAACACUAACACCAGCCUCUCCGCUGGCUCCCUGGAGAGGAAAAGAGUACGGUACUCUGAGCUGGACUUUGAGAAAGUGAUGCACACUCGCAAAAGACACUCUGAGCUGUACCCUGAGCUCAACCACCCCACCACCAAGUUCCACACCAUAGACAGGUAUAACAGGGACCCCACCAUGUCCACUUUCAAGGACAAGUCGACCCCAAGCCAAGAUGACCAGCAUUCCUGGGACAGCUUUAAGACCAUGACCCCUGAGCUGUCCAUCGUGCCAGGGCAGCAGAAGGACAGGAUGGAGCUGCAAAACAAGACCACCUGGGACUCCUCGUCUGCCAACACACCCGACACGUCCGAGGGGGACUUCCAGACCGAAGUGUGAUGAGACAGAGAAACACACACACACACAUACAAAAACACACACACACACAUACAGAAACACACAUACACACACAUACAGAAACACAGUUAACACAUAUUCACACACACACAGAAAUGCAAAAACAGGUACAUUCAGAAUCAGAGAAAGACACACAUACACACACAUAACCACAAACACACCGGUUCAAGCGUAGACAUACAGGUACCAACAUGUACAUACAGACAGACACACAGUACUCCUUCACACUGCUCUUCAUACCCUAAACUCUGCUCUCUAAACGAUUAUAUCAUUUGUUAACCGCUACAGUGGACAAGGACAAAGGAAAGAAAACUGGUCUCUUCUAUAUUUUCACACAGACACUUUAAAUGAGAGAACAGGGGCGUGAAAAGAUACUGGGACAGAGGCAUUUUUAAAUGAACAAAAAACAAAACAACUUGAUUUCUUGAUUUUAUUUGUGGGGAAAAAAUGAUUAUCUUUCACCUGUUUGAUGAUUUGAAAAAAAAGAAGAAUAUUUCUGCACCAUUCUGUUCUUUUUAUAGAGAAGAAAUCUCACUGAUGUUUGGCACACUGUUAAACCCCUUAGGCUCACUCCCUUCAUUUCUCUCCUCCUUUCUCUUCUAAUGGAUGAUGCAAGUGCUAGUUUUUGCCCCUAUUUUUUUCCAGAGGGGUUGUGGAGGGGGUGGUAGGGAGGUAUAGAACGGAUCAUUGACAUGUGCAAUCCUCUGCUGUUGCUGCCGUCCAAGUCUCUCACACUCUUCUCUCGUCAUCCUUUUUCAACGUUGUGUUUAUUUUCCUUUUUGUAUUUUUAUGAUUUUAUGAUGUCCUUCCUCUUAGUUAUUUUUUUGUUUUUAGUUUAAAAAAGAAAUAUGAAUGACAAAAAAAAACAUCCAACUGAGUUUCAGUUGUUGUCUCAUUGUCUAUUCUAUGAAAGUCUCCUUUUAUUUAGGUUUUCGGUUCUUGCUUGUGCUGCCUUUUUCCUGUGAGAAGUUUUCCAUUCCAUCAAUUUUAAAGAAUGAUUUAUAACACAUCUGUGAUACGUGCGCUUGCUUUCUGAGGUAACAUGCAUGGCAUGUUCUCAACGGUACACCUGUGGGAAUUGAACAUAGAGUAUCAUUGAGAUUCACACAUAUUUCUGUCUUUCUUUUAUCCCGUUUGGUAAAAAACGGCUUUUGACGCUCAAACUACCAACAUAUUUUACAUACAUGGAUUACCAACUGGGGUCAUUCUGCUCCCAACAACAAGCUGUUGGAAAAAGCAACAAUCAUAGCGAAAUAUCAACUUCAUUCUUAUCAAAACAUCAUUAAACAUAUAAAUAAUGUUAUCAACAACAGAAAAACAGACUGCAAUUUUAGCAAAAUUACAGUUUGCAUACUCUGUAAAACGAAAAUAUAAGUGUUUCCCUUAUAUAAUGUGAAGCUUUUUUCCAAAGUACAAUCCACAUUAGUACUAAAAAGCAGAUUUUCCACCAAUUAAUAGUAGUGUCAUUUAGUUUUAAGAUUUGUUUUGUAAAUAUAAAUUGCGUCAUAUUUAUGUCGUAAAAAUGACUGCCAUUUAAAGAGGUAGUACACCAAAUUGUUAAAUAUACUUAAUUUUAUUGACAAAAAGGGAUUCAUCCAUUGAUCCUGAAAGACAUCGACCAACAAUAUGGCAAAGUUUUCUUUAUUUACUUAUUUACGGCCAGCAUCGCUGUUAGUGAAACAAUGCUUGUGGUAGGGCCAAUGGCAGGAUGCUUCAAAAGACAUGCCCAAAUCCUCAGUCGCCUCAAACCAAAUGCUGUAGCAGCCAAAAUACCAUAAGAAGUUGCACAUAUAGAAUAUUGGCGGGCAUUAUAGGAAUUAUUUUUUUGUAUAACAUUUUCCUUAGAAUAACUAUUUUUGGGAGAAUACACACCAAUACAGCACUGUGUGUUGUUUCAGAGGGUAGCUGGUUACAGUUCUACCUAGUAUUUAUACCAAUGGCAGACUUUUAUGAGCUGAUAUUUGACCUCAACUAAGCAUAUAUCUAAGGUAAUUUCAAUUUUGUACACAGUCACAUACAUAGUUAUAACCAUAGGCGAGUACAUAAGGUACUCCAUCUGUGCAGGUGAUCUGUCUAUCAAGUCAAGAUCACGCCAACAGGUCCCCCUCCACCCUCUAGUGGUAUGGAUACCUUGUUAUUAUGUCUCCAGAGAAACCUUGAUUCAAAUAAAGACUUUUUACAUUUGCCCUAAAAUACUUUUCGGAGAAUACACACCGAUACAGUUUCAGAUCGUAUCUGAGUUCCGUAUUGCAGUUUUAUCAAGUUUUUUUUAUACCAUUGGCAGACUUUGUAUACCAUUGGCAGAUUUUUAUAUGCACAAAAAUAAGGUAAUUUUGGUUUUGUACUCAGUCAUACGAUAUACGUGGUAUAGAAAAGUACAAUCUUAGGCGAGUAUAUGGGGAGCUACAUUAUAUCUCUGCAGAUGAUCUGUCUCUCUGGUCUAAAUCACUGAUAAAGGUCCCCAUCCACCCUCUGGUGGUAUGGAUAACUUAUUAUUAUGUCUCCAGAGAAACCUAGAUUCAAAUAAAAGUAUUUUAUAUCAAAUGACUAUAGGAAGAAUUAGCUGGGGUCAAAUGACCCCAAAGGACUUGCAUUUUUUUCAUAUUUGCAAGUCCAUAUUGAUACAGAAACACUAAACAAUGGUUUAGAUUUAUUAAGAACAAGUUGACUGACAAAAGUCAUGAAAAAAAUUGAAGAAUUGAUUAAAACCGUGUUUGGGCUAUAAUCACAAAUAUGCCUCUGGGAUCAAAAUAACCCCAGUUGGUAAUUUGAGGGUUAAGAUCUUGAAACAUCUGAAUCAAUUACAGACAUAACCAACCAAAGCUGUCUAUCUGUCAGGAGGGUGUAGCCUAUCUGAAAGUAUUGCUGUAGCAUUUCCCUUCUCUCAAUAGAAAUCCCAGGUCUUGUUCUAAGUGCAUUUCAAUUGUUCUUACUCCCACUGCUUUAGAGCGCCGUAUCGAUCACUGUGCCAUGCAUCUGCUCUCAGCCCCUCAAGAAAACAGGGAAAUAAAGCAAGCUAUAGUUUCAGAUGUAAUGACCAGAGGUUAUUUUGCUACUCAGCUUGUCAGUAGUUGUCUCUGUUGUGAAAGAAAGAGAGGAAGGAAAAGGUAGAAUAGAUAGAUACUAAGGCUAACAACGCAGCCCAAAUGUUCCACUUUGGUCAGAAACGCUGACAGGGUUUUUGUGGAAAAUACAGAGAGGUGUGAAAUCUAAAGUACAUCCCCAAACAUUUUUAUUGUAUCUCUCUUUUUCUCUCUCUCUCUCUCUCUCUCUCUCUCUCUCUCUCUCUCUCUC